CAGCUGUAUAGCGACAUGCUUUCUGCUUCCUCUUGUUCCCUAGGUAUCCAAACAAUUCCAAACGUGGUAAAUAGAAGCGCAUAUUUCCCAACUUUAGACACGAAUAAUUAUGCACACGCAUAACAACUUCAAGACCCCCUCCGACGAAGACGAACUGGAUGAUCUGGACGAGGACAUGGUGGUGGGCGUCAUAGCGGAGAUCGAACAGGAGGUGCUGAAUGAGUCCGAUAGCGACAACGACGAGUACGACCUGGUGGACAUGGGUGCUCCCGUUCCGCCGAACGAUGGCGACAGCGACAGCAACGAGAGCAUCAGCAGCGACGACAGCUUCGAUCCGAAUGCCGUGGACUCGGAUUCGGAUGAUUCGAUGCUGGAGGAUGCGGCCGGUGGCUCCUCCGCCGGGGGAGCAACAAGUGCUAAGCGCCGCAAGGAUGACCAGGAUGGCCCAUCGGGAAGCAACAGGGAGCCCGCGGAGGCCACUUUCGAUUUCGAUGAGGAUGAUGAAACGGACGAGACUGUACGCGCCAUUAUAGCCGCCAUCAAGAAACCUCGCAGUGCUCCGCCCGAGAUCAAGCUGGAGGACUUUAUCACGGACAUCUGCUUCCAUCCGGAUCGCGAUAUCAUUGCCCUGGCCACCAUCAUCGGGGAUGUGCACCUGUACGAGUACGGCAACGAGGAGAACAAGCUGCUGCGCACCAUCGAGAUUCACUCGAAGGCCUGUCGCGAUGUGGAGUUCACCGAGGAUGGGCGCUUCCUGCUCACCUGCUCCAAGGACAAGUGCGUCAUGGUCACGGACAUGGAGACGGAGAAGCUGAAGAAGCUCUACGAGACGGCCCACGAUGAUGCCAUCAACACGCUGCAUGUGCUCAAUGAAAAUCUCUUCGCCACCGGCGAUGAUGCAGGCACAGUUAAGCUGUGGGAUCUGCGCACCAAGAACUCGAUCUUUGAGCUCAAGGAGCUGGAGGAUCAGAUCACCCAGCUGACCACAAAUGACCAGCAUAAGCUUCUACUGGCCACCAGUGCCGAUGGCUACCUGACUACAUUCAACAUUGCCGCGCGCAAGAUGUACGUGCAAUCGGAACCGUACGAGGAGGAGCUCAGCUGCAUGGGCAUCUAUCGCGGCGACUCCAAGCUGGUGGUGGGCACCUCCAAGGGGCGGCUUUAUACAUACAAUUGGGGCCAGUUUGGCUACCACUGCGACAUGUAUCCGGGCAUCAAGAGCCCCAUUAGCCUGAUGAUUCCCAUCACCGAUCGAAUUGCCUGCGUGGCUGGGGAGGAUGGAAACAUUCGGGCCUGCCACAUCGCUCCAUAUCGUAAUCUCGGCGUGGUGGGGCAGCACAACAUGCCCAUCGAAUCGCUGGACGUGAACACCAACGGAGAGUUGCUGGCCUCUUCCUCGCACAACAACGACGUGCGUUUCUGGAACGUCAAGUAUUUCGAGGAGUUCGGGGACAUCAAGUACAACGAAAAGCACAAUGCCUACAAGGAGAAGCGUCACAAUCUGCCCUCCUCCAAGUGCACCAAUGCCGGGGACUUUUUCGCCGACCUGACCAAAGAGGAUGACGAUGAUGAUCCGGGCGCAGGAACCAGUAGUAACACAGCCUAGAGUGGAUUAUUUGCUAGCCAGGAUUAAUAGCUGUACUCGCUGGGUGGGUCGAUU